CGUACUGGGCGCCAGGUACCGGGCAUCAUUUGUCUCGCUGCGCCCUGGCCGCCGCCCUGUGAGCGGGGGCCAGCACUGUCCCUGGCAGGUGAGACUGGGGCUCUGAGAGGGUAGACACCUUGCCCGAGGCCGCCCCACGCUGGGAUUCGAACCAGGCCCUCUCUGACUAGAGCCCAGGCUCUGAGCGACUGCACCGUUCCCUCCUCCACGUGCCGGGAUGCAGGAAUGCACGGGGGAGCCCUGCACACUGCUCCUGAGCGCCCGCCGCGCGCCAGCUGCUGUGCAGGCAGUUGCCGUCCUGGCCCCUGGGACGUUGGGGAUUCAGUCUGUCGGAGACCUUAGACCAGGUCACACAGAUAAUCGUGUGGUUGCACAUUAAUCAGUCACAUAUAAGUAUUAGUGGAAUCAUGCAAUAACUAUAUAGACCAGGGUGCUGUGAAAGAGUUGCGGAGGUGGAUCAUUGGACCUUGAUGUGUGGACUAGGCUGCACCAGCCAGGAUAAGCAAUAGAAAACUCCACCCACUAGCUGACUUUGCCCAAAGACGAAAGGUGAUCAUGAACUCCAGAGAUAUACUAGCUUCAGGCAUGGCUGGAUCCAGGGUCUCCCUUUCUCUGGCCGUGCUUUCCACUGUGUCGGCCUCACUCCCAGGAGCAGCCUGCACUCCACAGGGAGGAGAGAAGAGGCGGGGGCCACAGCUCUGGGAGGGCACCGCCGUGCCAUCAACGGGAAGCAGAGCUCUGUCCUGGCCAGCCUAGCCCAGAACUGCUCUGCACUGGCCCGCCUCGGCCCACGGCCCUCCCCUGAGCCUGUCAUGUGGCCUGCUGGAUUUGGAAGCCAUGGGUCGGCAGGGUGUGGUGCAAGAGCCUGGGGAGGAGGGCGAACCUCCCGGACAGAGGAUAGGGAAAGGGGUGGCCUCCAGAGGACCACUGGGAAGAGGGCAGGCUGAGCGGGGAAGAGCCAGCUAAGGUCCCCUGCAGAGGGUGACUUUGAGACCUCAGGUGAGCAGGAGGAAGCCAGGUCAAAGGGCAGGGCAGGAGGAGCAGGACGUGCACAAAGCUCGGGUGUUGGAGGGAGCCACGAAGAGCGAUGCGGAGACGAGGGGGCCCUGCGAGUGGCUGAGGCCACAUGCAUCGGGGACAGGCUGGGGUUUUAGUCCAAGUCUGGAAACGGGGCGAGAGGUGUUGACGGGGCCUGAUGCACGUUCUGAAGGCUUGAACUGCAAGGGGACCAGACCACAGAUGCCCUCUUCCUGGGGGGGCCUCUCCUGCCCUGGCAGCCCCCCUCCACACACCCCCGAGUGCUCCCCACCCUCCCGACUCCCCCACACCUCCCCUCUCGGCUGCCUCUUCGUCCCCACACACCCCUCCGCUGCCCCUCACACCCCUCGUGUCACCGCUGGGCACCCCGCCUCCUCACCUCGGAACGGGUCCCAUGAUGGUGGUAAAAAUAACCAGCGGCAUGAGACCGGGGGCGGGGGGGACAGAGGGAGGCUGAGGCGCCUGCUCCCACACUGAGCAAGGGACCCUUGGUGUUGAGAGCAGGGAGGUGCCCUCUCUCGAUCCCUGAAGGUGGGUGCUGUGCUCCACCACUCCCCCUCCCCCAUGGGGGUACUGGGGGGCCCCCCGGGCCACAGAGAUGACUUACCUCGGUCAGGUACACGCCCAGCACCAGCAGUGAACCAGGCUACGUGGAGUCCUCAGAGAGGUGAGUAGCCCAGCUGGUACCGCCAGCACGCAGGGUGCCCCACCAGGCUGGAGCCCCCCACUUCUGUUCCACCUGCCCAACCCUGCCUUCUGUCCUCAGGUCCCGGCUGCCACCCAGGACCCCCCUCAGCACCCUCAGUGAUGCCUCUUCACCGUGUCUGGUUGGCCCAGUGUGGGUCCCUCCUGUGCAACCCAAGGGGGCUCGUCUGAGCCCCCGCCCCAUGUCUGAGCCCCCAUGGCGGGCGCUGCGGCAGUGAGCGGGAGGCGGCCACAGCGGGUGAGCAUGCAGGAGCACAUGGCCAUCGACGUGAACCCGGGACCCAUCCGGCCCAUCCGCCUCAUCUCGGACUACUUCCCGCACUUCUGCCCCUUUGCUGAGCCCGCCCUGCGCACCCCAGACCCGCCCCCUGCAGUGGCCCCUGCCCUCCGCGCUGCACCCCAGCUGCAGCCCAGCCCAGAGCCAGAGGGAGACUCGGACGACAGCACUGCCCUGGGCACCCUGGAGUUCACACUUCUCUUUGAUGCGGACAACAGCGCCCUGCACUGCACGGCUCACCGCGCCAAGGGCCUCAGGCCACCAGCCUCAGGGUCCGUGGACACCUAUGUCAAAGCCAAUCUGCUGCCAGGCGCCAGCAAGGCCAGCCAGCUGCGGACGCGCACAGUCCGGGGCACCAGGGGGCCUGUCUGGGAAGAGACGCUCACCUAUCACGGCUUCACCCGCCAGGACGCGGAGCGCAAGACCCUGCGGCUGUGUGUGUGUGAGGACCCGUGGCUGCGGCGCCGCCGGCGAGCCCCUCCCCUGGGGGAGCUGCGGGUGCCCCUGCGGAGGCUGCUGCCCAACCGAGCCAGGAGCUUCGACGUGUGUCUGGAGAAGCGCAGGCUGACCAAGAGGCCCAAGAGCCUGGACACGUGCCGUGGCAUGUCCCUGUAUGAGGAGGCGGCGGAGGCCGCGGCAGCGGCGGCCGGGGAGGAGCGCGGGCGCGUCCUGCUGUCGCUGUGCUACAGCUCCCAGAGGGGCGGCCUGCUGGUGGGGGUGCUGCGCUGCGCCCACCUCGCCCCCAUGGACGCCAAUGGCUACUCGGACCCCUUCGUCCGCCUUUUCCUGUAUCCUAACGUGGGAAAGAAAUCGAAGUAUAAGACCAGUGUGCGGAAGAAGACCCUGAACCCCGAGUUCAAUGAGGAGUUUCUCUACGAAGGCCCGAGGCAGGAGCUGGCCCAGAAGACACUGCUGGUGUCCGUGUGGGACUACGACCUGGGCACGGCCGACGACUUCAUUGGUGGGGUGCAGCUGAGCGGCCGGGCCAGCGGGGAGUGCCAGCGGCACUGGAGGGAGUGUCUGGGCCGCAGUGACCGCCGGCUGGAGCUGUGGCACCCGCUGGACGGGGCGCCCCUCCAGCUUAGCGACUAGCGGGGGCCCCUGGCCUGGUCCUGCUCACCGCCCCCACCCCCCAACUGACCGGAAGUCUCCUCGGAGUUGGGCGGACCUGGGGCAGCCUCACUCGCCACGCCCAGCACCGGUCACGUUGUUUCCCGUCCUCUCCCCGUUCACCUUCGUCCCCCCAGACACGGCAGCGCGAAUAAACCUCUCCUCCGCACCGGCCUCGGCGAUGCCUGUUCUUUCCCCGCCCGGCGCCUCACAGGGCGCACCGCG